AUGGAGAAUAGCCGCUCGGAGUACGUGACCGCUUCGUACCUAAGGAAAUUAUCCAACGAAUCGAUCCCGCCUACUUGGCUUAAGAACAAACGCACUGCAUUCGCCGAAAAGAGUAUCGUUGCGCCCGACGAUGCAUUCCAACGAGUUAUGAACGCAAACAUUGGAAACGACAAAAAAAAAAUUGACGGUCAACCAAAUUUGCACAUCGGCCGCGCAUGU